ACGAACUUCCUUCCCGCCCAGACGCGAGCGCUGACGUGAGGCCCGCGGCGUCCCCGCCAUGGCCGCCAGCCUCUUCGAGGGGAAGGCGCACGCGGCCAGCUACCAGCGCUACCGCCUCGCCCCGCCGCCGGAGCUGCAGCGGCUCCUCCUCGCCUACCUGCGGGACAAGAGAGCGAGCCCUGUUCAACUAGCAGUGGACAUUGGCUGUGGGUCAGGACAGGGCACUCAAGUGCUUGCAGCCCACUUUGAGAAGGUGAUUGGGAUUGACAUAAGCGAAGCACAGAUUGAAGAGGCCAAACAAGCUAACUCUCUCCUUAAUGUUUCCUACUGUGUUUCCAGUGCAGAGCAGCUGCCAUUUGAAGAUGGCUCAGUGGACCUCAUCACUGCCUUUGUAGCCGCCCACUGGUUUGAUCUGGAGAUAUUCAUGAAAGAAGUGGACAGAGUUCUCAGACCCGAUGGCUGCGUGGCCUUCAGCACCUAUACUUCAGACGUGCGUUUGCAAUAUAAAGACUGCUCUGAAAAGCUAACCGAAAUCUUCAGUGAGGCUGUCGAAAGGCUUUCUAAAUAUAGAGAUGAACGAGUACACCGUGUCCUUGACGGUUACAAGGAGAUAUAUGCAUCCCUGCCUUUUAAAGACAAGAAGAGAGUUACUGAUAUCUUUGGUAAACUUUCCGUGUCUGUUGCUGAUGUAAUUGGUUAUUUCCAGACCUUCUCAAUGUAUCAGACCUUUCUGAGGAGUGAUCCUGAAAGAGCAAAAGCCCUUCUCCUAGAAAUGGAGCAGAGGUUCCUGGAGACUAUGGGAGUUUCCUCUAACGAAACCCAGGUUGAGUUGUGGAUUAGCAAUGUGUGUGUUCUAGGCCACAAGGGACCAUGAAAAGAAAGUCCAGCUGUGAUCUGUACGCAGAAGAGAGAUUCUCUUUUAACACUGUAUAACUGAUGUUUAUUAAUAAGCUGUUGUUAUCACCUGAGAAGAUUCUUUUAUGACCUUGGUCCACCUCUCACUAGGCUCCUGGACCCUCACUGGCCCCAUACUCUUCACUUCUCAAUCUGGGUUCUGGACCCCUCCUUGGGUCCCUAGGAACCUUCUCCUCCCCAAACCUCCAGACUGCUGUUACCCUCCAUGUUAACCUUCUGGAGCUGGAGCCAUCCUGCUGAGGUGGUGUUCUCCCAGCAGGUCAGGGCCAGGACUUAUACCUGCUGGCUCCCUGGUUCAGCUGACCCCCCUCCCCUCCCCCCCAGUUAGCCCUGGCCUGCACUUGCCAGCAGCCUUGCAGGCUGCCUGGCCUCUUAAAGUGGCAGGCACCCCUAGUGCCCUUCCACAUAUGGAAUAAACAUCAUAUUGUCUAUAAGACAAGAAAUUAAUAUUAUAUCACUACAUAAAAAUAGCUUGCAGUACGCUAAAUUGUUGUAUGCAAUGCUGUAUUAUUGGGAAGAAAUAAAUGGAAUCUGUAAGUGUUAGCAUUGUAGGAUGAUGAUACAAUAGAGACAUCUUUCACCUAUUGACCUCAACCUCAGAAAGCUUCAAAAGGUAGAUAAGAGUAAUUGUGCUCCAGAAAAAGUAGGCACAGUCUGGAAUAUGCCAGUUGAAAAACUUAUGAGCAUAAUUUCUGAAGAAUGAAUCUCAGUUGAGCACCAAGAAAAAGGGAUGAGAAUAUGCCAGACAUCUCAGCACACUGAUUGCUGAGCACUUUUCAGUAUCUGACCCCAGCUCUGGGUACUGAGCACAUAAAAACACAAUCCUUAUUGUUCCAGGGUACAGGUAAUGACUAGUAAAGUACUGUAGAGCUGUUAUGCAGUAAGCUGAGGGCAUGGACACAUGUACAUUUGGAGCCCUUUCAAAAGGGCAGCAACUGCUACGUUCAAAUUGUUGUGUGUGAAAUGCCUGAGAAUGAUUCAAAUGGACCAAAACACUAGUUUUUUUUAUCCUGGAUGAAGCUGUGUCAAACAUUAACAAUUAAGGUAACCAAAUGUAUGAAUGUAUGUUUGCUAACAUAUACAAAUAAUUUAAAACACAAAGGCAGUCUUAAGAAUGGAAAAAACAAAGCAGCCUUGACAGGCCACAGUAAAUAACUGAACAAGGGUCAAAAGGCAAGCCAUAAAGAAGAUAAGAAAUCUAUCCUUCUGCUACCUCAAAAAUAUAACUUUUAACUGAUUAACAAGAUCUUGAUUAAAGUAAAGAUUACCAGAUGAUUAACAGACUGGGGUCAGACAUCUAAAAAUAAAGAGCCUUUCGCUAAAUUGAUCCCUUGACCCCUUUCCCAGGGCUCCUAAAAAUAUGUUUCCAUCAAGUUCCAAAAGUUCCAGUGAAACAAAUUUAUAUAAAACCAAUCAGAGAUCAAUUAUUAGCAUAUCAGAUUAGCCAUCUAUAAAUAUUGGGCCUGAGGCAAGCAACAAGUUGGACCUUUUUGAAGCUCAGGAAUAAAAAACAACUUAGCGGGAGUCCUCUGGAAAGCAAAGAUGCCUGGCUAUAAGACCUGUUCUUCCCAAAUCCAAUGUUGCAUAAGCAUCAUCUUUAUUAAUACCAAUAAGUCUUUGUCUUGCGUAUCCUAAUAAAGAUGUUGAGUGUGACUGGAA